AUGCCUGUGUUAGCGGCCCUUCUGCGGCGCGGCGCGCGCGGGCGCGGCCCCCUGCUUCAGAGGCGAGUGCAGGAAAUAAGGUAUGCAGAGCGAAGUUAUGUAUCAAAACCCACUUUGAAUGAGGUGGUCAUAGUAAGUGCUACCAGAACACCCAUUGGAUCCUUUCUAGGCGGUCUUUCGUCUCUGCCAGCCACUAAACUUGGUUCCAUUGCAAUUCAGGGAGCCAUUGAAAAGGCAGGGAUUCCAAAAGAAGAAGUGAAAGAAGCAUACAUGGGCAAUGUUCUACAAGGAGGUGAAGGACAGGCCCCUACAAGGCAAGCAGUACUGGGUGCAGGCUUACCUGUUUCUACUCCAUGUACCACUAUAAACAAAGUUUGUGCCUCAGGAAUGAAAGCCAUCAUGAUGGCCUCUCAAAAUCUUAUGUGUGGGCAUCAGGAUGUGAUGGUGGCAGGUGGGAUGGAGAGCAUGUCCAAUGUCCCCUAUGUAAUGAACAGAGGAACAACACCGUAUGGUGGGGUAAAGCUUGAAGAUUUGAUUGUAAAAGAUGGACUAACUGAUGUCUACAAUAAAAUUCAUAUGGGCAACUGUGCUGAAAAUACUGCAAAGAAGCUGAGCAUUGCACGAGAGGAACAGGAUACUUACGCUCUUAAUUCCUAUACCAGAAGUAAAGCGGCGUGGGAAGCUGGAAGAUUUGGAAAUGAAGUUGUUCCUGUCACAAUUACAGUAAAAGGUAAACCAGAUGUAGUGGUAAAGGAAGAUGAAGAAUAUAAACGUGUUGAUUUUAGCAAAAUUCCAAAGCUGAAGACGGUUUUCCAAAGAGAAAAUGGUACAGUGACAGCUGCCAACGCCAGCACGCUGAAUGAUGGAGCAGCUGCUGUGGUUCUGAUGACCGCAGAUGCAGCGAAGAGGCUCGGUGUUAAACCACUGGCAAGAAUAGCAGCAUUUGCUGAUGCUGCUGUAGAACCUAUUGAUUUUCCAGUUGCACCUGCAUAUGCUGUUCCUAAGGUUCUUAAAGAUGCAGGUUUGAAAAAAGAAGAUAUUAGUAUGUGGGAAGUAAAUGAAGCCUUCAGUCUGGUCGUACUGGCAAACAUUAAAAUGCUAGAGCUUGAUCCCCAAAAAGUGAAUAUCAAUGGAGGAGCUGUUUCUCUUGGACAUCCGAUUGGGAUGUCUGGAGCCAGAAUCGUUGUCCAUUUGGCUCAUGCGUUGAAGCAAGGAGAAUAUGGUCUUGCCAGUAUCUGCAACGGAGGAGGAGGCGCUUCCGCCAUGCUGAUCCAGAAGCUGUAG